UUCUGCUGACGAUGAGGACCUCGUUGCAUCUCGCGGCGCUCACAGCUGCCUUGUGCCAACAGCAUGGUGAUGGAUUCGCCUUUAGCGGAGGCAGCUUCGCGGCUAAGAGAGCGGGGCAGCGGUUGUCAGUUGAAAGCUGCAGCACGACCAGCACCAGCCAGGGGAGAAGGCGAACGAUUCCUGGUGAAGUGCGGAUGAUGUCAGGGAGCCUUGAGGAUGAGGUGGAAUUCAAGGGGAGCCGGCUGGAGAUGAAGCCCACGCCGGAGCUGGGUUCGUCCAAGAACAAGAUGCUCCACGUCGUGUACCGCGUCGGCAACAUGGACCGUGCCAUCAAGUUCUACCAGGACGUCUUCGGGAUGGAGCUCCUGCGAUACCGCGAUGUUGCGGAGGACAAGUACAGCAACGCGUUCCUCGGAUACGGGACAGAGAGCAAGGGGGAGCACUUCAGCAUCGAGCUGACGUACAACUACGGAGUGGAAAGCUACAACAUCGGAGAUGGCUUCAACUGCAUGGGGCUUAGGCUGCCAGACCUUGAGGGGAUCGUGGCCAGGGCAAAGGCUGGGGGGGGAGAGAUCGUAUCGGGUCCGGAGGAGGUUAAGCUGGGUCCUUGCAUCAUCCCGGACGAACCGGUUGGCAAGCAUGUUCUAGAGCAAGUUGCGGUCAUCAAGGACCCCGAUGGGUACACUUUUGAGGUCAGCGAGUCCGCAUACCGCCGGGAUCCGGUGUCGAAGGUUUCAUUGUUGACCCUCGACAUGGAGAAGAGCAUCGACUUCUACCAAGAUGCCUUGGGCAUGACCCUCCUCAGGAGGCGAUCCCUUUUGCCGCAGAAGACGCAGCAGGCGUGCUGGAUGGGUUACGGUGCGGAGGACGACUCCACUGUGCUGGAGCUCGUUUACGAGUACAACAGCGAGAAGAUCGACCGCGGGGACGGCUACGGGCAGAUUGCGGUGUCUACCCCGGACGUGUUCGAUGCGGCUGCCGCAGUGGAGAAGACCAAAUACGAUGUGACUCGCGCACCGGGACCCGUUCCCGGGAUCGGUACCAAGAUCACGGCCGUCACCGACCCCGACGGGUUCAAGACGGUGCUCGUGGACGAAGUGGACAUCGAGAAGGAGUUGGAGGAGGAAAGCGCAUGAUUUACAACCGUAACUUUUGGACUACUGUCGCACGUUGAUAAGGGGCACCUUAGAAGGCGAUGUUCACCUUGACGGGGGAUAGAAUGAUAGAAUGCGGUGUUCCGCACCAGUCCCGUGCUUUCCUCCAACAGUUUCUGAAAACGGUGCGAAGUAAAAAUGGCCUUGGGUUCAUUGUGUCUUGAUGGAAGGAAAGUGAUGAGGCUUGCGUUAUGGUCUUGGUGAAAGAAUAGUGAUCGGUCCUUUUGGCUGUUUCAUCUUUUUAUGGUAGCUCUCGACACAAGUCAAAGGCGGUUUUCACCCUUUCCCGUUUCCAAUUGUACGGGACCACAAGUCAACCCGGUUUUGUCUUGGUGCUUGACUGGUGAUGAUGCCACCGGUGCUGGGCAGCGGAAGGGAACAUGUUUACGGCGUGCACCAUGGUGGGGGCAUGCUGCUGUAGAAGUGCUCAACGCGCAUGUGUAUCUACCUUACGUUUUUCUUGGUUCCCCAAUGCGAUCAGUAGGCAGCCUCUCCGGCUCUCCAAGUGCUCAGAAGAGUGUCCGAGGAUAGAGCUAUUAGUGGAUUUUCAUACCAGGAGAGUUAUAUUCUGGUCUAGACCCUAGAAUCGAACACUCGCACA